GUCAGCUGUCUGUCUGUGUGUCUACGCGGGCGCAGCCGUGCACCCUUCCCCAGCCUCGGGCGCUGCGCAGGGACAGACAGGGCGUUCGCAGCGCCCUGCCCGCGCUCCACGCCCGCAGCCGCCAGACGGCAGCGCCUGCGUCCGUGCCCGCCCCAGCUGGUGCGCGGGAGCCGCGGGGGCAAAGGCACAGUGGCCAGCGGACCAUCUCUCGUGCCCUAGCUCUCUGCCCUCCGGGGCAGCUGAGCCCCGGCCACCCGCUCUCCAAGAUGAAGAAGCUCCAGGGAGCUCACCUCCGCAAGCCUGUCACCCCAGACCUGCUGAUGACCCCCAGUGACCAGGGCGAUGUCGACCUGGAUGUGGACUUUGCUGCAGACCGGGGGAACUGGACAGGCAAGCUGGACUUCCUGCUGUCCUGCAUUGGCUACUGUGUAGGCCUGGGGAAUGUCUGGCGCUUCCCCUAUCGAGCGUACACCAACGGAGGAGGCGCCUUCCUCGUGCCCUACUUCCUCAUGCUGGCCAUCUGUGGCAUCCCCCUCUUCUUCCUGGAGCUCUCCCUGGGCCAGUUCUCCAGCCUAGGGCCCCUGGCUGUCUGGAAAAUCAGCCCCCUCUUCAAAGGCGCCGGCGCAGCCAUGCUGCUCAUCGUGGGCUUGGUGGCCAUCUACUACAACAUGAUCAUCGCCUACGUGCUCUUCUACCUCUUCGCCUCCCUCACCAGCGACCUACCCUGGGAGCACUGUGGCAACUGGUGGAACACAGAACUCUGCCUGGAGCACAGAGGCUCCAAGGACGGCAACGGGGCCCUGCCCCUCAACCUCACCUGCACCGUCAGCCCCAGCGAGGAGUACUGGAGCCGCUACGUCCUCCACAUCCAAGGCAGCCAGGGCAUUGGCAGCCCUGGGGAGAUCCGCUGGAACCUCUGCCUCUGCCUGCUGCUGGCCUGGGUCAUCGUGUUCCUCUGUAUCCUCAAGGGUGUGAAGUCUUCGGGCAAGGUGGUGUAUUUCACGGCCACAUUCCCCUACCUCAUCCUGCUCAUGCUGCUGGUCCGCGGAGUCACCCUCCCAGGGGCCUGGAAGGGCAUCCAGUUCUAUCUCACCCCCCAGUUCCACCACCUGUUGUCUUCCAAGGUGUGGAUUGAAGCUGCUCUUCAGAUCUUCUAUUCCCUGGGUGUGGGCUUCGGGGGGCUCCUCACCUUUGCCUCCUACAACACGUUUCACCAGAACAUCUAUAGAGACACUUUCAUCGUCACUCUGGGCAACGCCAUCACCAGCAUCCUGGCUGGCUUUGCCAUCUUCUCCGUGCUGGGCUACAUGUCUCAGGAGCUGGGCGUGCCUGUGGACCAAGUAGCCAAAGCAGGCCCUGGCCUGGCCUUUGUCGUCUACCCACAGGCCAUGACCAUGCUGCCUCUGUCACCCUUCUGGUCCUUCCUCUUCUUCUUCAUGCUUCUGACUCUCGGCCUAGACAGCCAGUUUGCUUUUCUGGAGACCAUUGUGACAGCUGUGACAGAUGAGUUCCCGUACUACCUGCGGCCCAAGAAGGUGGUGUUCUCAGGGCUCAUCUGCGUGGCCAUGUACCUGAUGGGGCUGAUCCUCACCACUGAUGGGGGCAUGUACUGGCUGGUCCUUCUGGAUGACUACAGCGCCAGCUUCGGGCUGAUGGUGGUGGUUAUCACCACGUGCCUUGCCGUGACACGGGUGUAUGGCAUUCAGAGGUUCUGCCGAGACAUCCACAUGAUGCUGGGCUUCAAGCCGGGCCUCUACUUCAGGGCCUGCUGGCUGUUCCUGUCCCCAGCCACGCUCUUGGCCCUGCUGGUGUAUAGCAUCGUCAAGUACCAGCCCUCGGAGUAUGGCAGCUACCGCUUCCCGCCCUGGGCUGAGCUGCUGGGCAUCCUGAUGGGCCUGCUGUCCUGCCUCAUGAUCCCAGCUGGCAUGCUGGUGGCUGUGCUUCGAGAAGAGGGCUCACUCUGGGAGCGGCUCCAACAGGCCAGCCGGCCGGCCAUGGACUGGGGACCAUCACUGGAGGAGAACCGGACGGGCAUGUAUGUGGCCACGCUGGCUGGGAGCCAGUCACCAAAGCCACUGAUGGUGCACAUGCGCAAGUACGGCGGCAUCACCAGCUUCGAGAACACGGCCAUCGAGGUGGACCGUGAGAUUGCAGAGGAGGAGGAGUCAAUGAUGUGAGGCAGGAGGCAGGUGGGCAGAAGGCCCUGCCCGGGACCUCACAGUCCCUUCUUAGAAGCCUGCAAAGGUCAGCUGUGCCCUCUGGGAUUCUGAGAGGCUAUGGGGGGCCUGCCAGAGGGAUGCCAGUCCCCCAAUGGGGGUCCCUCCUGCAGCCUCUGCCUCUCCUGAAACCUCUGACAACCCCCUACACACACACAGGCAUACUCAGACCCACUCAAAGCUGAGAAUGAUCCAACUCAGCCCUACUUUGCGGAUGGACAUAUUGAUGCCAGGAGGGGAGGGACUUGCCCCAGGUUGCAUGGCAGGGGGGACUUGACCCCACGCCUCCUGACCAGCCAGCUCCCUUUCCCAUGGGGCAGCCGGCACCACCUUCUCAUCUCUAUUCAGGGCCUACACCCCUCUUUUUUGGGGGAGCCUGUCCCCACACACCUCAGCACAAGCAGAAUCUUGAGUUGGGCAGGGAGGGUCAGGGCUACAGAGGCUCUUGAGGCUCCGAGGCCCUGGGGAUCAAGGGUCGAUGAGUUAGGUGGGGAGAAAGAUCCCUGGGGGCUCCUGUGUGCAGGACUCCUGAAGGAGGUGGGAGCUGAGGGCCCUGGAGGAUGGGGAAGGUUUGCAGAGAGAGGAAGAAGAGGGCAGGGUGGGGAGGAGCUCUGGGCCAGAGGAUGCUGAGCUGCCUGGGCAGAGACCAAGAGGGUUGGAGACACUAGUUUUGCCAGGUUACAGGAGGGUUCAAGACAGAAGGAAAACUAACACAGUGGGAGCCUGGGAUGAUGGGGAGGGCAGGGGAUUUGCAUGAUGGAGAAUAUCAUUCCGGAUCUGUGCAGAGCAGAUCGGAGGGCACAGGGUGGAGCGGGGAGGCCUGUGCAAAAUGCGAAAGAGCUGCCGGUGGCCUGAGCCAGGGUGCUGGGGCUGUGGGUGGGGAAAGGAGGCCCCAGCACUUCAGACAAAGGCCACCCCUUCACCCACUGGACCCCAAGCCACAAAAGCUGGGGAGGUAGGAAGGGUCACUGUGAGGGCCCAGGGCCCCUCUCUUCCCAUCUCCCUUGUCCUGGUGGCCUUCAGUGUCUCUUCCAGUUCCAGGAGCUGCUGGGAAGCUGGCCUUCAUUGUUGGUGACAGGGCAACCAUGGGACUAGGAGGUGGCCCAUACACAUGGCUGGCUGGUCCCGAGGCCACCCACCCUGUUCCAGGACAUGGGCCCUGGGUCCGGUGUGGGGGUAGAUGCAGAGGGCAGAGGGUAGCCCUUGGUACUGUGGGUCUCUCAAAGAGGAGAGUGGGGUGCAGAAAUGCCUCAGCAUGGCUCAUGCACACAGCAUUCUCCCAUGGGGCAGGGCUCCCUCGUGCAACAGGCCUCCCUGUGGCCAGCCUCUAUGCCUGUCUCUCGCUGUGUCCCCCCAUCCCCUUGUGUUCCAUUGGUUCAUUGUUAAUAAAUAUCAAAUGAGGUCAUGCUCCUUACCCCGUCUCCUUA